AUGCUCGUCUCCGAGCAUCCGCUUCUUCAACUCGCCAUUUUGUGCAUAUCGAUUCAGAAAUGCUCGACAAUUUGCGACGACAAGUCGCGUGUCGAUCCCACACAUCUUCUCGAUAUUCUAAUGACCAAUUAUACGAGAUCCCUUCCAGGUGCUCUACCGGUACCUGUAAAAGUCGAAGUAACCGUGCAAGACGUAAUGGAGCUCUCAGUGCUCAGCAACAGCUUCACCCUAGACAUCUGGUUCAGCGCGAUCUGGUACGACGAUCGUCUGGCGUUUUCUCAUCUGGAUCCGUGCCGCCAAAAUCUGUCAUUUGAUGACAAAUUCGAGAAGCAAAUUUGGUCGCCAAAUGUCUGUAUUGUCAACACCAAAUCGGCGGCAGUUCACCAAUCGCCAAAACCGAACGUUCUUCUAAUGCUGAUGCCAAAUGGGACGAUUUGGCUCAAUUAUAGGAUUCGCGUCCAAUCGCCAUGUUCGAUGAACCUCGAGCGAUUCCCCAUCGACAUUCAAUACUGCGAGCUUGUCUUUGAAAGCUAUUCAUACAACACCGCAUCGGUGUCAGUCGAAUGGAUGAGUUCGCCGGUGACGGUGAUGCCGGAAAUAUCGCUUGCCGAUUUCGCAUUAUCCGGAAUUCGAACGACCCGCCACACCGAGGUCUACAAAGCUGGCGAAUGGUAUCGGCUGACAGUGGAGUUUGAAUUCAGCAGGAAGUACGGAUUCUACAUCCUUCAGCUUUAUAUGCCAACCUACAUCAGCUUGUUCAUCUCAUGGAUCGCAUUUUGCAUCGAUACGAAAGCACUUCCGGCGCGAAUCGUGCUCGGCGUCAAUUCGCUCAUGUCGCUCACAUUUCAGUUUGGCACGAUAAUCAGCUCCCUUCCGCCGGUUUCGUAUGUGAAAGCAAUCGAUCUUUGGAUGUGCACUUGUGUUGCUUUUAUCUUCGCAUCGCUUCUCGAAUUAGCCUUCGUAGCCUACCAAGACAAAAAAUUGAUUUUGAAAUCAUCGAAAUUCAACACAGCAUUUCGAGUCAUUGCGAAUUUCAUGCGUUCAUUCGAUCCGCCGCCAAAAUCGAGGCGAAAUUUGGACGAACAAGAAGACGACGAAGAAGAAGAAGAAGAAAAAAGAAAAGACAUUGAAAAUGAGAUCGAUGAGUAUCGAAAUAAGGCGUAUUUGCGCAAAAAAUGGAGAUUGCUCAACUUCGGAGCGAAUGUCGAUCGAUUAUCAUUCAUCGUUUUCCCACUAGCAUUCGCCGCGUUCAACGUGGUUUACUGGACCUACUACUUACAAGAUGUUCGUGUCAAUAGGAAACCCUAA